AUCAGGUUUGGCAGCUAUCAGGUUCUGCAGUGGGUCAACAUUGGCGGCUUUUGGAUUUACAAUAGUUGGAUUUUCUUGUAGUAAGUAAUAUUUCUAAGCUGUCAUCUGCUGAAUCAUGUCAGGAGAUGCACAGCCAAGGAAAAGAAAAGAUAAAAAGAAGAAAAAAGGAGAUCCUGUGGCUCUAAGAACUGAUCAAUUUCUGAAGGAGAAGUCAGGUUUAAGAAAACCCGAAGAUUCUGUGGAAGAAGAAUUCUUAGUACCCCUGAAACACUCAACAGAUGAAGUGAUACAUGUGCAAAAAGAUAUCAUCUGUGGUGGAAAUGUUGUUACAAAACUCAUUUUCUUUGGCCUUUUGGCGACCAUUGGAGUCAUGGUUGGUUUCAUACUGCUUGAGUACAGAGGAUCAACAGAUGAAGAAACGUCAUCGUCUGUUGAUUCACCUUGGUCAGUUACUUUUCAUGAUUGGGUUGAUAUUGCUGAUACAGGACAUGAUCAUGAAGAUGAGCAUCUAUUAGAGGAACAUGAUCAUGAUGAUCAUGGAGAACAAGACCAUGAUAUUCAUGAAGAAGAUGAACAUGAUGUUCAUGAAGAGGAACUGCAUCAUUAUGAAGAGAAUGAAGUUGAAAAGGAAGAAAGUUGGCUUUUAAGUUUGAUAAGUUUUAGUUCUUUCUCUGAAGAAGGAUUAGAAAAUAAAGUUACUGAUGACGAUGAUGCAGUUAGUAAUGGCAUUUUCAGUUGGUUUCAAACUAGUGAGAAAGAACAAACUGCUGAUGAUGAAAGAGAAGAAAGUAGCAGUGGAGGUUGGUUUGGGUUUGGAACUAGCCAACAAGAUACGGAAGAAGAAAUUCAUGAAGUAGAAUAUACUUCUUCUGAAGUUGUUGAUAAAGAUGAAGAUCAUGGUGGAGAAUCAGAUGAAAUGAGUGAUGAUUAUGGAAAAGAUGAAGAAGAGGAAGAAGAAACUGAUGAGGAAGAGGAAGAAGAAGAAAUAGAUGAAGAGGAGGAAGACGAAAAUAAUAAAUCAGAUGAAGAAGAGAAUGAAUCAGAAGAAAUUGAUGAUGCCGAGGAAGAAAAUAAUAAAUCAGAAGAAAUUAGUCAUGAAAUCGAUGAGGAAGAAAAGGACAAUUCAAGAGAUGAUGAAGAUAAUGAAUCAGGCGAAAAUAACGCAGACAAUGAAGAGGAGGAAAAUAAAUUCAGGGAUUUAAAUGAUGAAGAAGAUAAUGAUUCUAAAGAGUUUGCUGACAAUGGAGAAAAUGAAUCUGGAGAAAAAAGUGAUGAAGAAAAUGAAUCUGGAGAAAAAAGCGAUGAAGAAAAUGAAGAACCUGAUGAUGGAGAUGAUGAAGAGCCUGAGAAUAUUUCAUUUCAGCGAGAUCAAGGUGGGAAAAGUGAAGAAAGUAAUAAUGAUGAUGAUCAAUCCAAUCUGUUUGAUAAUGAUGAAGGUGGACAUUUAGAUAAAGGAAUGGAUGAGCAAGAUUUAGAGCUGGAUCAAAAACAUGAGGAAGAUGAGAACACUUCUGUCGAAGGAAAAGAAGAAGAUGAAUUACCAGCCGACGAAGAGUUGUUUCCUGAAGCAAGGGAGGCUUUAAGAAGAGAAGCUGAAGUGAUGGAAAGUAAAGCUGAAGAGUUCAAUAACGAAGAAUUUAGUGAAAAAAUCGAAGAAAACAUUGAUUCCGGUAAGGAAACCGAUAACAGGAAGAUGAUGAAAAUGAAGAAACUGAAGGAAUGGCACUCAGGUUCGGAGUGGGAGUUGCUUUAGUAGUUGUUGCUCAUGUAGUUCUUGUAAAGAAGUGGAACAGUUGGGCUGGUGGAGAAGACGAGGUUGCUCCUUCCAUAGAGACCAUUGGGGUUCCAUCAGAGCUGCAUGAGCCGAUUACUGAAACACCAAUUGUAGCGUCCGCACCUGUUAACACUGAAACUGUUCCACAUCCUAAACCUUCUCCCCAACCUGACCCUGAACCUAAGUUUGCAGAUGAAGCUGACCUUGAAGAAGUUUCUGCUGAUGAAGAAUCUCCUGUAGAAGAAGGGUCCCCUGUGGAAGAAGAGGAAGAAGAAGAAGAACAGGAAGAUGAAGAUUUAGAAAUCGACCAACAAAAAUUCCGUGAUCUUUUGGCAAAAUAUGGAGAAGAAACACCAGAGAGUAGUGAUAUUGAGCAUACUGAUGAAGAAAGGGUCGAUUAUUCUGAAGGCGAUGAAAGCCCUGCAGGCGAUGAAGGUGUAGAACAAGAAGUUGUGAGUGAGGAUGAAGCAGGAAGUGAAGAUGAUCUAAAGGAAUGGACAGGGAUUAAAAAAAGUGAUAUACAAGUUGAAACUGACUCUGAAGAUGAAGAAGUUGAAGAGGAAUCUGAAGACGAGCCUCCUCCGCCACCUCCCCAGCCGAGUCGGAAGAGAGGUGGUCAGAGGGAUAUAGAUGAGGAUUAUGGAAAUUCUUUGAUUACAAAUGAGGAAGAUUGGGCCAUUAAGGAAGAGCUCGAUAGGGCCGAUCAAGAAUUUAACUAUGAGAAAGCUAGAACCUUGUAUCGAGCUCUCCUUUUCAAACAUCCAGACUCUCCGAGAGCACGUUAUGGCCUCGCCCAAACAUUCGAUCGACAAGCCGAGAAAGAACGCAGCAAUGUAAUGCUUGACCUAGCUAUAACUGGGUACAAGGAUGCCCUUGCAGCUCCCAACAUUACAGAUAUCCUUUUUAUUCAGAUAGCUUCUAGACUCAUUGAUAGACUCAGGUUUAGAGGUCACCAUGUGAAAGCAGUUCCUAUUCAUAAUUUAUUAAUUCAAAAAUUCAACACUACUCCUGAAUACAGAACAGAUCUAGCCAUCACUUACCUUAUGGUAAACAGAUUAGAAGAUGCUCGAUUGGUACUGAAGGAAUUGUUGCGCUAUUGGAAUCAGGAUCCAUUCGCCCUUGCACAUUAUGGCCUCAUACUGAAAUUACAAGGUAACAUUCAUGGUUGUAUUAAGUACUUCAAGGAAGGAUUGGAGACGGCCUUUAAACCUUUAUCAGAUCCCAGGCUGUACUUUCAUUAUGGUGAUGCUCUUGCCCGCAUUGGUAAAGAAUCAGAGGCUAUGAAAGUAUAUGAUUCAGCUGUUGCUAUGGGGUUGUUUAGAUCUAGGUAUCAGAGAUCUCUGUACAAUGUUGAUAGGCUUGCUGCAAGACCUUGGUGGACCCAAGAAGAGACUACUUAUGGCCCCUUCUUUAAGAUAUUAGAAAAAAACUGGAUAAAAAUAAGAGAUGAAGCUGCCAUGGCUUUUAAAUUAAAUGGGACAUUUAGAGAUGAAGCCGAAGGCCUCAGAGAUAAGGGAAACUGGAAGCAAUUCGAACUCUUUGCUAGAGGUUCGAAAAUGAAAAAGAACUGUGAAAUAACACCAUUUACUUGCUCGCUAAUUGGAAGCUUUGAGCCGGCUGCAACUUGUAAGCGUGGCCAAAGCAAGUUCAGCAUUAUGGAUGCUGGGACCCACAUCUGGCCUCACUGCGGGCCCACCAACUGCAGGCUAAGAGCUCACCUCGGGCUUAUUGUACCUUCAGGGCUGAGAAUAAGGGUAGCCAACAUCACAAGGACCUGGGAAGAAGGUAAAGUGAUGGUGUUUGAUGAUUCUUUUGAGCAUGAGGUAUGGCAUGAUGGUGAUUCAUUACGACUUGUCCUGAUCGUGGAUGUCUGGCAUCCAGAGCUCACAAUGAAAGAGAAACUAUCCCUGUCACCGAUAUAAAAACUGUAAAUAAUAAUUUGUGACCACACAAUUCUAUUGCCAAAGCCUUGUACCUAUAACAAUUAAUACUGAAUUUAGUUGUUCCUUUUAUUCCACUGAACUGUGGAGAAUAUUUUGUAAAAUUGAUGUUCACUUUAUGUUUUUUCAUACUGAUAUUAUUAAUAGAUCUUUAUAUGACUGUUUUGUUCUGUUAGGAUAGUGGACUUUUUGUUAUAAUAAAUUGUUGCCAUAGAA